ACUAUUAGGAUUUUUUUUUUGGGGGGGGAGGGGGGGUGGUCGCAUAUUGAUACACGAAGGUCUAUAGUACAAUAAUACCCUCACCCCCACACUUUUUCUCUUUCUCAUUUCGCCUUUCCACUCAGUCCAAUCAACCUCUCUCUCCCCUCCCUCCUCCCUCCUCCCCCCUCUCACUCUCUCUCUCUCUUACUCUCCCUAAACCUUCUUUUCUUUACUUUUUUUUAUCUUAUGUCCGGUUUCUUUAUCUUUAUAUACCGUAUCUCGCUUCAUAUUCCCCUUUACAAUAAAAAUUACCCUUAAUUAUGUUCUUCUAUUGGUGACGGACUUGAUGGGGUUCCUGAGUCAAUAGAAGUAGAAUUUUGCGGUGCACGUUAUAAAGGGUAUCAUUGGACUAAACAAUCGUGGGUUGACCCCGCCCGCGAAUCGCCGUUUACGGAUGAGCUUUUCCCAUUGUGCAUUUAUGACCAUUUUACGUCGGAAUUCAGAGAAGAGUCGCUUUCACGGCAUACCGGGUAAAUAUAAUUCACAAAUGAAUGCAAAUUUUCACAAAUGAACGCGGAAUUGUUUGUCGCCUGAACUUGUGUGUGUUAUACCUGCAUGGGUUAGUAAGUAAGUACAUGAUUGACACAAGGACAGUUGAAUUUAUUUGGAGUCAUUCGUCAAAGGAAUUGAAUCAUAGGCUGUUCGUUUUCAGUUCAUGUUUCUAAAACGAUAUGCUACGGACCUAUAAUAAGUGGUGAGAGAGCGAAAAUGUAUGAUCAUUCCGACAUGGAUUUAAAUUAAACUUUUUCGAUUCGUGCUGAAAUGAUAUACCCGGUUCGCCACAUUGGAAUCUUAUGUUGUAUCUUCAGUUACCCAUCGUUUACCGUCAAGCACUGUGAUCUAAAAGCCACUUUGUUUAAUGAAACUAACUGUUAGUUGUAUUACACGAGACAAUACCACGCGAAACUCUCAACAACAAUGCCAGACGAAAUUGAUGACGGCAUACAAAAUCCAGGUUUCGAAAGCGGCGAGUCCUUAGGAGACUCGGCUUCCAAAACUCGACCCGUCGGCGUAGUCAGACCGGUACAAGCGAAGGGUGCCGCGGAUGACGACGCGAAGCCGAGUCACGUUGAAGUGGAAGAUGCGGACGAUUCGUUGACAUGCGGAUGGGGUCCGCUAAGGCCGAAAUGCUUGCAAUGCUUCAACAGGCCCGCUGGAUUCCUCGUCUUUGUCUCCAUCUUCGGGUUCGUCCAAGGGAUGACCGUCAACGGACUCGUCUACGUCGUCACUACCACACUCGAACGCCGCUUCAACAUCCCCAGCGUCCGAUCGGGGUUCAUCUCCAGCUGCUACGACUUCGGGACGCUGAUCGUCGUCGCCUUCGUAACGUACUUCGGGGAGAGGGCCCACAAGCCGGUGUGGAUCGGGAUAGGAGCGCUGGGUUUCUCCUGCGGUUCUGUGCUGUUCAGUGUACCACAUUAUUUGACCGGGCCGUAUCAGUUUGAGUCUGUCGACGUUCCAACUUGUGAUCUGAAUAGUACGAUGCCGGGUGGGAGCACGGAGCUCGAACCAGGCCUCAGCCGUUAUUACAUCAUCUUCAUCGUCGCCCAGCUCAUUCACGGCAUCAGUGCUUCUGGGUUAUAUACCCUGGGCUAUACAUUCCUCGAUGAAAAUACUCCAGUUAGUAGAGCAUCUAUUUAUAUUGGUAUAUUUCAAGCAUCUUCCUUAUUCGGGCCUGCCUGUGGAUAUCUAAUAGGUGGUGUUAUACUCGAGAUCUAUACUGACCUUGAUGUUGACAUCUCUCAGUUAGGUAUUACUUCAGAUAGCCCACUUUGGGUUGGUGCGUGGUGGACUGGCUUUCUUCUGACCGCCGCCAUCUCUUUUCUGGUUGCUUUCCCGCUCAUGGCAUUUCCAAGAUCUUUACCAGGGAAGAAGAAAGUUAAACAGGCAUCACAGGAAUCACAGGCUCAGAAAGGUUCCGAAUUCAAACGACGGUCCGGUCUUAAGAAUGGCGUCAAGGAUUUCCCGAAAGCAAUCUGGUGCCUCGUCAAAAACCUGACGUUUCUUUUUAUGAGUAUUGGAGUGAUUACCGAGUGGUUCCUUCUUACUAGCUUCGCAACGUUUGGGCCAAAGUACCUGGAGACCCAGUUCAGUAUGACGUCCAGUGAUGCCGCACUAUUAGCUGGUUAUGUCAUCAUUCCAGCUGGGCUAGCCGGGACUAUCAUCGGGGGCAUCGUAGUUUCCAAACUAAAACUUCAUUUUAAAGGUAUGGUCACCAUGGCUCUGCUGUGUCUCUUCAUCUCUGUCCUCACCAUUCCAUCUUUCUUGGCAAGCUGUGGCAACCCUCCGGUAGCCGGUGUCACCGUACAGUACACCAACACUUCGCUGGUCUUCGAAGGUGAUGAAGCUGACAUAAACUCAGCGUGCAAUACUAAUUGUGGAUGUGGAUCAGCAUUUGACCCAGUUUGCGGUAGCAAUGGCAUUCUUUAUUACACGCCAUGCCACGCCGGCUGUGACGUCAUCAAUACAACUUCAAGUAUCAAGGCUUACAGUAACUGUUCUUGCAUCGAAUCCCCGGAUGCCGCCAAUGGCCUGCCAUCAUGGGCCGUCUCAGGGAAAUGCUCUCAGAAUUGUAGAUACGAAAUUUUAUUCAUCAUCAUGUUCUUCAUACUACUCGCUUUCACACUGAUGGCAACAGUACCUCUUACCAUGGCAACAAUGAGAUGUGUAUCUCAUGGUCAAAGGAGCUUUGCCUUGGGAUUCCAGUCUGUCUUGUUCAGAGCUUUCGGUACUGUUCCAAGUCCCGUUGUUUUCGGGGCUCUUAUUGACCGGACCUGUAUCCUUUGGGAAGAGGACGACAGCGGCGGCCGGCAAUGCUGGCAGUACGACAACGAAGCCUUCAGUCGUACCUCGCUCAUCCUCGCGAUGUCCCUCCGAUGCUGCUCCAUCGUUUUCCUCAUCGUAAGUCUAUGUCUAUAUAAGCCCGGCCCUAGCGGAGCGGACCCCGGGGCCGACGACGAGGAACCCGCCGUCAAGGUCGAGGAUGGGGUGACUGGAGAAACUCUGGAAAAUGGGAACGGUUACCAAACAAAAUUGUAAAGACGCGAAACAGUAAAAGUAAAAACGCCGAUAAAAAAAAAUAUUCAACGCUGUUCACUAUACUUUACAACAGCUUUUUAAUAGUUUAAAAAAAAACUAUGCAUAAAUUAUUGAUGAUUGAAUAUUGAAAAUUGAAAUUUGCAGUUUAAAACAUCGUUGUAUAAAAGAUUUGAAACAUAGUUUUUAUUGUGUAAUAUCAUGCUUGAUCUACGCCAUCCGGCGGGUGGAAAUAUUUAAUUUGUAUAGUCCUAUAUAUAGCAGAUGAUAAUCAUUUGUAUUUCUGCCAAGACAAAGACGAACUUGUCGCAAUACAAAUUACCUCAUAAGUAAAUUCUAUUGUAUAUUUAUCAAAGUAGGCCUAUCAAAUCGUAGAUUUGCCAUGAUGCCACAAUCGCUAUUGAUACAGUUCGAAGGCCUUAAAGAUCUUCAAAAUUAUUCGCAAUCAAAAGUCUUUCCAUUGCUUUGAUGUAUUCAAAAAUGUUAUUUCUUAAUGUGAAAUGAUAUGUAUUGAAUUUCGUAUUUUCAAGGCUAUUUUAUUUCUGCAAUGAAAUGUCACUCCCCUCUUUUUUAAUGCAUCUCAACGGUUCUCUACCCCCUCCCCCUCUCUCUCAUAAUAUCGUUUCCCUCUAUAAUGGAACAACUAUUUUCCCUCUUGUUUAUUUCUGUUUCUUUCACUUAACCUUCUCUUGCAGUCCCUCCUCUGUGUCUUACGUCGACCUCUUUCAUAAUAUGCUCCUUCUCAUUUUUUAUCAUUUUCAUUAUCUUCAGGGGCCCAUUUCAUAGAACUUAUUUCAACAAAUUUGCCUUAUUGUUUUACGCUACUGAAAUCAUUCGAUUUGAUUGGCUGAUAGUGAAUUCAUUGUAAUUUUUUUUAUGAAAAGGGACCCCAAUUAUUUUGUCAUUAUGGGGGUGUGUGUGUGUGUGUGAGGGGAGUGGGGCGGUAUUUAUCUCCUUUAACUCUACCGUAUUUUGAUAGGGGAUGUUAGUCACUUCCAAAUAUGAAAAUAAAAAAAACUAUCCUUAAAGAGAGAGAGAAAAAAACAUUUUGAAGAAAGGCUUGCUGCGCUUUUGCUCGCUUCAUUCACACGCAUAUAAUUCUUCCAUAAGGGCAUUUGUCUUCUCCUUGCUGUCUUUCUCCUAAUUUCCUUUACAUCCACUCUCCAUUUACAAAUAGCAUCCGUUUUGAAAUAUAUCUAUAAAGCACUGAGAGACGUCAUUCAGAUGUAUUAAGUGCUAUAUAAAAGCGGAUUUAUCUAUUAUCUUAUUUCUAUUUUCUGUUUAUAAUGAAGUACAAUUGUCAUGUCACUUCAUUUUGCAGGUCGGUUCACAAGUUUGAACAACUCACUAGAUGUCUUUCAAAUCUAUAUUUACAAUUUAAAGUACUAUAUUAUUCAUGUGUACCGUUAAAGGGGACGUUAACCCUGAAGUAAAUCUGUUUUUAGUAAAACAAAAAAAUGAUGAGAUAAAAUAACCCAAUGACAGUUUGGCGAAAUUUUUUAACAGAUAAACGAAGUUGUGAAACGUUUUGUUCUGUAUCGUCGUACGCAAGCAGUUCCCCGGAUGUGAUAUAAAUUACAGACUAAGUGUUUUUCUCAGAAAAUUGAGAAACAUCAUUCAGGAACAUUAUUGCACGAACGCCUCUAAGAGCAAAGAAAAAAUAGUCUUCAUGGAAUAUUGGCCAUUAAAAAUCUAAUUUUUGGAUUUUGUUUAAUUACGUGUAUGUAUGGCUUAGUUGCUCCCAUAUGCAACGUCACAGGAUCCAAUCAUAAUUUAAUUAUUCUUUGAUAGAUUUUUGGGUCGCACCUUCACUUGAUGCUGUCGUUAUUUUUCUGAUGUCAUUAGUAAAACCAGCUUGAUGCCAGGAUGUAGUUCCCAUUUUAGGGUGAACGCAGUUGAAGUUUUAAUGGUCGGGGGAAGAGCAUGAGUAUAUGCACAAUAUAUAAUAUAUUAUAUUUGGGACAGAUUAUUUGAAAUGUAAAUUGUAUUUUAACAGUACUAGGUGCCUUGUAGAGAGAGAGAGAGAGAGAGAGAGAGAGUAUUGUUAUUGCAUUGGCAGCUGUAUGAGGUUUUACCUCUAUAGAAUAAUCAUGUAUUUUUUUAUGCAUUUGAUAAAUUUUCUUGUAUGUUAAAAAAUGGAAUAAAAUACAAAUGUGCCUUGAUAAAGAUCAAUUUACAAUAUAUUUCCCUUGUAUUACAGUUUUAACUGCUAACUUAUUUUUUUAGUUAUAUCCGGUCGAUGCAGUUCGAAAUACUGGUUAUCUAUUUGAUGACGACAUUCCUUCACUACUAAUAUGCCAUGGUAUUUAUAAAUUUAUGCAAAUCUUUAUAGAUGCGUGAACACAAGAGAAGACGUCAUAAAAAUUAGGCAAGUUCAAACAUUAAUGAGAGAUGGAUUGUUGUUUCUUGGCAAGUCACUUACAGGUAUUCACAGAUGGCACGUCGAAAUAACGAUUUUUUUUUUCAUUUGCCAUAUUCACUUGUUUAAAAUGAGUUUCCUGUACUGGGAAUUCUAAAAAUCGAAUUGCUUGAAACAAUUUAAUUGAAAUGAGGUGACGAGUAUGUCUAAUGGGAAUUCAGAAAACUGAGUUGUUUAAAACGAGAUGCCGAAUAUUUACAAUAUAACACAUUGAACCAAUCAAAUGAGGUGACGAAUAAUGGGAAUUAUGCAAAAUUCAAAUCAACUUGUUAAAAUGAGGUACCGAAUAACUUUAACACAACAACUUGACUUAAUCAAAAGGAAGGAGGCGAUGAGAAAUAGGAAUUUCGCAAAUCAGAUUAUUUAAAAUGAGAUGACGAGCAGUUUUUUAUACAAAAAAAAAAUCGAUAUAGAACCAAAAUGAGGUGACGAGUAAUAGGAAAUUCAGCAAAUCUGCUGAACGAGUCGCCGGAUUAUUUCAUACAUCGCGGUAGUACAACACAUUUACUUAUUUUAACAGAUGACAAUUUUCUUAAUUCAAUGUGUCAUAUUUUUUUCUUCAUAAUGUCCCCGACAUAGUUAAGCUUCCUUGAUUUACACUAAAAAUUCCAUUGAAACUGUAUUUGAAACACCGUAUUCAUUUUGAUCACAUUUCUAUUUGUUGCAUAUGUUUAUGAAUAUUUCUGAGUAGAUACAUGUUAUUAUGAUGAUCUAUUUUUAUGUAUAUACGGAAUAAAGAUAACAUCUUAAAUUAGA